AUGACCUCUACUGUUGCAAACGCUGUAGCUAUUGCCUGGACGCGAUGGCAACGCUACCACCAACUGCAUCAUAAACGAGAGGAUUUGAGUGUUGCAGAGAUGGAAGUACAGUUUGAACUGGUCGCUAUAGGUCUCGCAUUAGCCGAUGAACAGGUUCAAGAGCUUUUUAGAGAUGACGCAGAGCCAUUUUUAGCAUUAUUGACGCCAUUGCCAACUUUUGAAGACAAGUUUGAAAAUGUGAAGCAAUUUCACUUUACGUUUGUAUCAGCUGCAAUGUUAUUGGAUCAAUAUUUGCAGCUUUCUAAUGAAUUAGAAGAGAAAAAAGUUCAUGUUGUAACUGGUCCAGUGAUGUAUCAAGUACUAUUGCCUAUUCUGCAGCUUCAAUGUUCUCUCUUCGCUGCAUUAUGCGGCGUUAAGAAUGUUCCAGAUGGUGGUAUCGUUUACUGCUAA